GUCCAGACGUAAAUAUGCUGAACGCAUGUUCCACGGUCAAGAAACGGAAUAAAUUACUUUAUUUUGGUGGAGAUAUCGAGGAAUUGAUCAAAAGACUGGAUUUCGCACUACGAUCAGCGUAUCUAACGGCGGCGUUCUGCGCCGUCUCGGCCUGCAGCGAUGGCGCUGCAAGAGCCACCACCUCUGUUUCUGCACCGGAUCGGGAUCGGUGGCCGGCAGCGCGCCCAGAUACACCGCCUUCAGGGCCGGGAGACGAUCACCGCGGGCCGGGCCGCCGCCUGUCGCGUGCACUGCCCGUCACCGUUCUCCUCUCGGCGACACUGCGAGUUCCGCUUCGUAGCGCCGGCGGAGGGCCAGCCGUCGUGCUGGUGCGUCCGCGACCUGAAGUCGGCGAACGGAACGUUUAUCGGCGACGAGCGGCUGCCGGCCGAGACCUGGUGCCCGCUGGCGGUGCGUCAACAGGUCGGGCUCGGCGGUCCGGAGGCCGACGAGCCUGAGUUAUACGUGUUCGUCGUUUCCGAAACGGAUACUCUCCCUGUGGAGGAGAUUGUGCUGUCUGAUGACGACGAGAUCGCUCAGCCGCCUGCCCGUUCUGCCGUGCCAUCCACACCGUCAGCGGGUGAGCCGGCCGCUCCAUCGACUGUUAGGAAGCCGGCCGCUCCAGCAGCUGCGAGUGAACCGGCCUCUGCCGCCCCGCCUGCCGCGAGUGUGCCUCCCACCCCGGCUGCCGCCGCUGGGCCAGCCGCUCCGCCGGUGGGUGCCCCAGACGCGCCGCUAGCAGGUGCUCCAGUGAGAGUGCCAGACGCUCCACCAGCGAGUGCUUCUGCCGCACCCUCAGCGAGUGCUCCCAAUGUUCCAUCAGCUAGUGUUAUCACCGCGCCACCAACGAGUGUUCCGGCAGCCAGUGUUACCUCUGCACCAUCAGCGAGUGUUCCCAUCGCACCGGCGCCGCCCCAGCUCACCAACGGACUACCGCCGGUCAUCGCCACGCCGACCGCGGACAAGCGUUCGCUCUCCGAGGCCAGCUCCCCGCCCACCAAGAGGCGUCGCUCCAGCUCGCCAAGUGAGCUACCUCCUCCGCUAACGGGCGACUCAGUUCAAACCGGCGGCGAACGCUCACCAAAGAGCUGCGAAAUGACCAACGGCAACGGUCAUGCUGAAGAUGAUGAUGAUGACGUUAUUCUGGUUGAAUAUGUGGCGCCGCCUCAGCCAAAGCGUUCGGCGCGACGCGACGGCGGUGACGCGGCGCUCCCGAUAGUCGCGAACGGUCCGCCGUCCGCUGUGGUGAAAAGUGAAGCUCCGGACGCCGCGGCACGGGCUGUGGACGCAGCAGGUGUUGCACAGGGGAUGUCCGGCUCCAGUAACGGACCAACAGCGGUAGCUGAGCCAAAGGUCAAACCAAAGGUCGAACCGAAGGCAGAACCGAAGGCAGAACCGAAAGCAGAACCGAAGGCGGAGCCGUUGGCAGAGUCAGGCGCCGUUAGAGAUUCCGCGCUUCCUGCGGACUCGAGUACUAGCACCCGUACAGCUGAGGCUAAGGAGGCGGCGACAGAGAAUUCCGCCUCGGACACCUCACCUCCCUCUUCUGGGGUCAUCAGCUCUCCGCCGGACGUCAAACCCAAGGUCGAGCCGCCCAGUCCAGCGGCAAAGGCGGGCCCUCCCGGUUCACCCUCCGAGCCGAAGCUGAAAGAGGAGCCUAACGUGGAGUGUGACUCCACGGCGGGUUCGUCCGAGCAGAGUAUCCCUCUGCGCGUCUCCGAGUCUCCUCCUGCGGCCGACUCUAGCACAGACCCGCCGCCGGCCGCGUCUCCGUCUCGGCCCGCUGGCCACGGCGGAGAGCCAGUGAUCAGUGACGACGACUGUGACAGGUUAGAGCUGCCGUCCGAAGAGGACAUCCUGAUGUCGACGCCCGGCUGCGCAGACGCCUACUCGCAGGAGGACACGGUUAUUGAGAUCUCAGAUGACGACAGAGAUUACUUCGCGCCGUCACAGCGGGAUGUGGUGAAUUUGGACGAUGAGGAGUAUGAUCCAAAUCGGCCCAUCAAGAAGGAGGAGUACCCUGAUGAUGAGGAUUUCUACGACUGGCCGCGGCUGGAUGACUUUGAGACUGGUGAGCCGGAGGAGCCGCCGGCAGACGAGCCGACGGCCCAGCCGACAUCACCCUCGGACGCACCGGAGGAAGCUCCAGCGGCCGAGCAGCCUGCCGCCGAGCCUUCCCCUCGGCCGCCGCUGGAGGAUUCGGACGAGGAUCUCCUGGACGGCCGCCUGUCAUCGUCCGCCGCUGAGCCUGAUCUGGACGGCCGCCUGUCAUCGUCCGCCGCCGAGCCGGAGCCGCCGCCAGCUCCGCCGGUGACCCCGCGCCGUCCGGCCGUGCCCCAGAAGCGAGCCAUCACGAUCGGGUCCCGGACGGUGCACAUUACUCCUCCAACUGGCCCGCUGAUCGCCAGCACGGACGCGCAGCCGCUGCCGCCGCGCGGCCGGCGUCGGCAGGCGCUCGACCGCUCCGCCUCGGUGGAAGAGCGCCCGCCGGCCGGCCGCCAGCGGCGGCAGAGGCGCCGCUCGUCAAAGGAUGAGCCCGCGCCGGAGCCUCCUCCGCCCCCGCCCCCGCCCCCGCCCAGCGACGAGGAGCUGCGGCGGAGGCGCCGGCAGCAACUGAAGACGGUAGCUGAGCGCGGCGCCGCCGGCCAGCCGGCCGCCGAGCCCGACCGACCCAAGGCCAAGCCGAAGGUGAAGAUGACAGGACGGAGCCGCGGUGAACAACUCGCUGCCGAGCUGAAAAAGGUCUCCUUCAAUCGGAAAAGUCCCGCCUACCGACCAUCUUCAGGGCAGAAAAAGCCCGGCGGCGAGGGUAGCGGAGACAGCGCGGCCGCUCGGACACCUCCAACUCCUGACGAUGCCGACAAUCUGGUGCCCGACUACGUGCCGGGAAUCACACAGCGGCGUCAGGCACACCGCGUGCCGCCCAGCCUGGCCGCCUUCAACGCGGCCAAGGCGACAUCAUCACCGACCGGUAACUCCUCGCCUGUAGCGGGGCCGUCUGGCCAAGCUGCCUCCCCCUCUGCUUCCCCCUCUGGCGCCCCCUCUGCCUCUGCGGGUCCGUCCUUCCCCGCCGCUGCCAACGUCAAGGCACCCCCUCCAGUACCUGGGCCGUCUUCAGUGCGCUCGGCGCAUACUCGGCCGCCUCGGAAGAGCGUCAAGUUUGCGCCAGAUAACGAGAUCUGUCGCGCUCAGAUGAUCCCGCCGCGGCCGCCGAGUCGAUCUCGGCCCUCGGACUGGUGUCUGUGGCUGAUUCUGUCGUGGCGCUACGGCUGGCUGCAGGAGGAGGCCAGGCUGAAGGGGCCGCCGCCAGUGGCGCACGAGAUGACGCUGAUGUCGACCGCCCUGUCGUACCGCUCGCUGGAGGACCUGGUACACGUCUUCGAGCCGCUGCUGCUGCACGAGCUGUGGUACAAGGUCUCCGAGGACUGGAAACAGCGGCGCAUGCAGGCCAAAGAGGUGUUCCUGCGCGUGGAACAUCUGGCCACAGAGGAACUGCCCCAGCUGGGCGGCGUCUCACGCUCGCUGGUGGUCGCCGUCUGCGAAGCUGUGGUAUCCACCCGCUCGCGGUGCCACCCGGAGCUCGGUGCUCUCGCCUGCCUGGAUCUACCUCAGCUCGCCACGGCAGCGGCCACGGGACGGAACCGACUCGUACAGGUGUUUGCCUAUGUCAAGGACUUUCGGUGGGCUCCGCCCGGCGGAGUUGAACUGUUCAAGAGGCGGUGGGGGGAGCAGUUCCCCGGUCUGCUGCCCAACGACCUGUCCUCGUGCGAGGUGGCCCGCUACACGCUGCUGCUGCGCCACCGGGACACCCUCGACGGGGUCGACUGGGCCCGGCCUGUCAAACUGACGUCGGUGAGCUACAUCCACUCGGAGCUGCGCCUCUCCUCGGCACUGUACCAGCUGCGCAGCUCACCGCUGCUGAAUGCUGUACUGCGACCGGCCGACUGUCGGGCUGUGUUCGAACUGCCGCCUGCCCCGCCGCCCGCCAAACAGCUGCACACCGCCCUGCUCCGUUCUCUGAACCGAGUGCAGCGGGAGACGGUGUGCAGCGUGUCGGCGGCCGUGCGGGGCGAGCCCAAGGCGCCCAAGGUCUGCGUCAUCCACGGUCCGCCAGGCACAGGCAAGACGGAGGUCAUUGCCUGUGUGGUGAAGCACGUGCUGGCGGCGGGGGCUGAUUCCGGGCGUCUGCUGCUCUGCGCCCCCUCCAACCUGGCAGUGGAUGAGCUGACCCGCCGGCUGGUGGCCGGCAGGCGACAGUUCGAAGAAGAUACCCGGGUGAAGCUACGCGUGGUUCGGUUCGGACGCAACGAGCUGAUCUCUGAGGACGUCCGUCCGUACAGCCUCAACAAUCUGCUGGACCAAGGGGUGGACAUCCGCCUGCAAAAGAUGUUCCCGGUCAACGAGCAGAACAAGCGAGAGGCGGAGGAUCUGAAGAGAAGGAUCACCGUGACAAAUGAGAAGCUGUCGGCCUCUGGAGAUCCAUCAGACGCGCACAGGAUGAAGGAUGUCAUCAAAAAGCUGACAGAGCGCCUGGAGAAGGUGCUGCGAACGCCCGAGGUGCGCCCGUGUGCUGGGUCGCCCGCCUGUACCGGGCCGCCCGCGUGCUCCUGUGCCGACCGGCAGACGACCGUUGCGCCGGCGUGCAGCAAACGGCGCAAAUUUCUCCUCAGUCAGCUACCACCCGACAGGCGUGAGAAGCUCCGCAACGAGGAGCGCCUGAAGCUGCUCAAGUACUCCAAUGUCAUCACGGCCACCCUGGCCAGCAGCCUGGGCCACCAGCUGACCGCCGUGUUCGGAAGGGAGCAGAACCCGUUCACCUGCUGUAUAGUGGACGAGGCUGGACAGUGUAUUGAACCGGAGGCGUUCAUACCGUUUGAAUACGGUUUUACCAAGCUGGUACUGGUCGGCGACCACAAUCAGCUGCCGCCCACGGUGAUGUCAAAGGUGGCCGCUGACCUCGGUCUGGGCCGCUCGCUGCUGGAGCGACUCAACACCGUGUUCGACUCGUCUCACGGCGCCUCGCCGGUGGUAAUGCUGCGCCAGCAGUACCGCAUGAACCUGGAGAUCUGCCGAUGGCCGUCGACACGCUUCUAUGGCGGACAGCUGGAGACGUGCGUUCCGCCGCCGCCGGCCGCGCUGCAGAGGCUGCGACCCUACCUGCUGCUGCAGACAGCUGGGAGUACUGAGACGCGCCACCAGCAGGGUGGUUUCUCCAAUGACCGCGAGGCGGCGCUGGUGGUGCGGGUGGUGGAGACCGUGGCUCGACUGUGCCCGGGCGCCCAGCGACCGUCCGUGGCCGUCAUCACCCCGUACAAUCACCAGAGGAAGCUCAUACAGGAACAGCUCGGGCAAAGCCCGGCCAAGACGCUCGCCGUGCAGGUGGGCACAGUGGACGGAUUCCAGGGCCAGGAGAGGGACGUGGUGGUCCUCUCCUUCGUGCGCUCCAACUUCGUCGGCGACCUGGGCUUCCUCGGUGACCUGCGUCGACUGAACGUGGCCCUCACCCGCGCCAAGAACUGCCUCUACAUCUGCGGCGACCUCGGAACGCUGUCCAAGAAUGCCGACUGGAACGAGCUUAUUAAGGACGCAUAUGCCCGACAACUGGUGGUCAAGGACACCAGCGGACUACAAAAUCAUCCUCAGCUGCUGGAGCGCUUUCUGCUUCUGAGGGCAACAUAACACUCAGGUUCGCAUACUCGCCGAUAGGUGGCACCGCCAGCGGCCAACCGCGCUGAACAAAUCAAACACUGACGUGAGACGGACGCGGCAGUCUGGCCUGUUUCGUUCAGCGUUGCUUUCAUCGUACCUGAAGGCUGUGAUGGGAACGGUGCGCGUGCUGUGGAGGGUCCCGUCCUUCGGUGUCGGCGGGUGGUUGGACUCCAUUUGGUUUGGUUCGGUCUCGGGAGAAGACGAGGGAGUGGACACGCUCCUAACAGUGAUAUCAGAGUUCGGUACUCGGUCAGGUGAACUCGUCAGUACUCUGUUUCUGCCAGGUACGCCCGCAGAUGUGAUAGUCGAGAGCAGUGAUUGAGACUUUUUCAAGUGUUACUGUUCCUGGUCAAUGUGCUCGGCCUUCAUGAAGUGUAUGAUGUUGACAUAAUUAGUGUAUUUGAUACAAUCCUGAGCUUCGUUUAUGUGGCGUGUGGCCUAGUGAUUUUAUUUUUGAAUGCAACCUUGCAGGAUACUGAACCUAGGAGGAGCCAUGUAACUCAAAGUGUUAGCGGUGACACGUUGGAUGUGAUUUGGAAGUGCCUGGUACCGGGAUGGACCUCCGCUCUGGCCGGGAGGCCGCCCAGUCUUUGGUGUCGGUUGGUGACAGCCCCGGUAACGUUAGAGACUUUUCUAACGGAAUGGUGGCAGGAUGUUCGUCUUUGGUCGUGGGUGAAAACGGCAGGGGAUGCGAUGAAAUACAGAAUGAAUCAUGCGUCA